ACCGAUCCUCCGGGAGAGAACCGGCUGUCCGGUUCCGAAACGCCUGAACAAACAGCGUUGGCGGACCUCUGCGGGGCAGGAGAGAAGAGAAGAAGGGGCGCGGCUGGGACGCAGCCCCUCCACAAUUGAGUUUGCCGUUCUCCUAAGACAGCCUGGCCUUCCGCACCAGCCUCUCCCUCCGGGGCCCGCUGGGCAGGCGGGAGGCGUCCUGCUCUUCCACGGAUGAAUUCCCCUUCCCCUCCCCGCCCUCUCAUAAUUUUGGAAGAGACCCCUGCCCGCCUCUGAAAGAGCUGCAACGUUGGGUGCGCGUUGUUUUUUUUCUUUUUUGUUUGGAGAAGCUGCCCAAAUCUCUCUUUGGAUUUCUACCCCCUUCCCCUCCCCACACAACAGAAGGCGCUGACCCCCCCGACGCCCAUUAGCCCCCCGGAUCCCCGGGAUCUAGUCCACCCUUAGAGCAAACGUCCUGGAGGGAAUCUCAUCGCUCUUCUGGAUCGCAGAGCGGUGAUUAAGACAGCCGCCCCUCGCUCUCCAUUCCCCAGUGGGACGUCCUCCCCUAUCCCCGCAGAGCCGUUUUCUGGAACUGAAAAGUGCCCCUUUCUCCAAAAAAGAGCUAAAAACGGGGUGGGAUCUGGGGGUCUCCUCCCUGGGUCGGUUGCUUUUCCUCGGAGGUCCUGCUGGGGUAAAAGGGGGACCUCCCCCCCGGCCGAAAGGCUGAGCUGCAGCGGCGAAAGGCUGGAGGCUCGGAGCUCUUUCAACCCAGCGUCAGGAAGCGGCUGCACCCGGUUGACCUUUGCUAUGGGUCCUUCCCGAAAAGAAUUCUGGAUCUUGGGCUACCUCCUGGCAGGGUCGUGCCUCAUCUCCUGCCAGAGUUCGCUUCCCACUAUUCUCCCAAACGAAGAGCAAAUGGUCGUGCAGCUGAACGGCCCCUUCACGUUGAAAUGUUCUGGAGACAGCGAAGUCAGCUGGCAACAUCCCAUCCCGGAAGGCAACCACUCCAUAAGCAUCAGAAACGAAGAGAACAACAGCGGCCUUUUUGUGACCGUCCUUGAAGUGGCAAACGCUUCGGCGUCUCUCACCGGAUUAUACAUUUGUUAUUAUAAUCACUCUCAGGAGGAAGAUGGAGAGGUGGAGGGGAAAGAGAUCUACAUUUUUGUGCCAGAUCCAGCUGUUCCUUUUGUCCCAACUUCCCCAGAAGAUUUGUUCAUUGUUGCCAGCGAGGAAGACAAUUCUUCAAUUAUCCCCUGUCGCACGACUGAUCCUAACACUCAAGUCACUCUGAUGAACAGAGAAGGAAAAAUGAUCUAUGCCUCUUACGACAACAGGCUGGGCUUCAUUGGAAACUUCUCUUUGGGGUCCUACAUAUGCAAGACAACUGUCAAAACAGUCCAAUUCGAGUCCGGCGAAUUUUUCAUCUAUGUUUACAAAGCUCCAUCGUACCUUCAUGUUGAAAUUGAGUCUCCCAAGACUGUAUAUAAAACAGGAGAAACCAUUACUGUUACUUGUGUGGUCUUGGAUAAUGAAGUGGUGAACCUAGAGUGGAAUUAUCCAGGGAAAGUGAAAAAUAAAGGCAUAAUCACCCUUGAUGACAUCAAAGUUCCAACCCAGAAGCUGAUAUAUAAUUUAACCAUUCCAGAUGCAUCAGCGAAGGACAGCGGAGAUUACGAGUGUGCUGUCCGACAUGUCACCAAAGAUUUUAAGAAAAUGGAAAGGAUAGUCAUCUAUGUCCACGAUAAAGGGUUCAUUCAUUUGGAACCCCAUUUCAAGCCCACGGAAGCUGUCAAUCUGCACGAGGUCAGAAACUUUGUCAUUUACGUCUACGCCUACCCAGAGCCAAAAUUGUUUUGGCUGAAGGACAACGUCACCCUGAUGGAGAAUCUCACAGAGAUUGUGACCAGUUCCAAGCAAAUCCAAGAAACAAGAUAUCAGAGUGUAUUAAAAUUAAUUCGUGCCAAGGAAGAAGACAGUGGAUAUUAUACACUAGUAGCACAGAACGAGGAUGAAAUCCAGAGAUACACUUUCUCUCUGCUCAUACAAGUUCCAGCUUUAAUUCGAGACCUGGUAGAUAAUCACCAUGGCUCUUCUGGGCAGACAGUCAAAUGUUUGGCAGAAGGCACACCGCUCCCCGAUGUCGAAUGGCUGGUUUGCAAGGACAUUAAAAAAUGCAACAAUGACACCUCAUGGACUCUCCUGACCAACAAUAUCUCUGAUGUGACGGUGGAGACUCAUCUUGAUGAGAGGAACAUGGUAGCCAGUCAGGUGACUUUUCAGAAGGUGGAAGAAAUAAUGGCCGUUCGCUGUAUGGCAAAGAAUGACCUUCGGACGGUUACAAGAGAACUGAAGCUUGUGGCUCCUACAUUGAGAUCGGAACUCACUGUGGCUGCUACUGUUCUGGUCCUCCUCGUGAUUGUAAUAAUCGCGCUGAUCGUCUUGGUAAUCAUAUGGAAACAGAAACCCAGAUAUGAGAUCAGAUGGAGAGUCAUUGAGUCUAUCAGCCCUGAUGGCCAUGAGUACAUCUAUGUGGACCCUAUGCAACUGCCCUACGAUUCAAGAUGGGAAUUCCCUAGAGAUGGACUAGUGCUAGGUCGAAUUCUUGGUUCUGGAGCUUUUGGGAAAGUAGUUGAAGGAACAGCCUAUGGAUUAAGCCGGUCGCAACCAGUGAUGAAAGUAGCUGUAAAGAUGUUGAAACCAACUGCAAGAUCCAGCGAAAAGCAGGCCCUCAUGUCUGAAUUAAAGAUAAUGACUCAUCUUGGCCCUCACUUGAACAUUGUCAACCUCUUAGGAGCUUGCACAAAAUCAGGUCCAAUAUACAUCAUAACAGAGUACUGUUUUUAUGGAGACUUGGUGAACUACCUCCAUAAAAACAGGGAUAACUUUCUCAGUCGAAAUUCUGAAAAAGCCAAGACAGACCUGGACAUCUUUGGCAUUAAUUCUGGAGAUGAGAGCACUAGGAGCUAUGUCAUCCUGUCCUUUGAAAAUAACGGCGAAUAUAUGGACAUGAAACAAGCAGACACAACCCAGUACGUGCCCAUGUUAGAAAGAAAAGACAGGUCAAAGUACUCAGACAUCCAGCGAUCUUUGUACGACCGCCCUGCUUCAUAUAAGAAAAAAUCCAUAUUGGAUGGGAAGAAUCUGCUUUCUGAUGACAAUUCAGAAGGUCUGAGUUUGUUGGAUCUGCUAAGCUUCACCUACCAAGUAGCCCGGGGAAUGGAAUUCCUGGCGUCAAAAAAUUGCGUGCACCGUGAUCUGGCGGCACGAAAUGUCCUCUUAGCCCAAGGAAAAAUUGUGAAGAUCUGUGACUUUGGGCUAGCAAGAGACAUUAUGCAUGAUUCCAACUAUGUUUCCAAAGGCAGUACCUUUCUUCCAGUGAAAUGGAUGGCACCUGAAAGCAUUUUUGACAACUUGUAUACCACAUUAAGUGAUGUCUGGUCCUAUGGCAUUCUGUUAUGGGAAAUAUUUUCUCUUGGGGGGACCCCAUACCCGGGCAUGAUGGUUGACUCCACCUUCUAUAAUAAAAUAAAAAGUGGCUAUCGGAUGACAAAACCAGAUCAUGCCACCUGUGAGGUGUAUGACAUCAUGGUAAAAUGCUGGAAUAGUGAACCUGAAAAGAGACCUUCAUUUUACCACUUGAGUGAAAUAGUUGAGAGUCUGCUGCCUGGUGAAUACAAGAAGAGUUAUGAUAGAAUUCACCUGGACUUCUUAAAGAGUGAUCAUCCUGCCGUCACACGUAUGAGAGUGGACUGCGAUAAUUCAUAUAUUGGUGUCACUUACAAGAAUGAGGACAAAAUGAAGGACAGGGAGAGUGGAUUUGACGAACAGAGACUCAGUGCAGACAGUGGCUAUAUAAUCCCACUGCCUGAUAUUGACCCUGUAUCAGAAGAUGAACUGGGAAAAAGGAACAGGCACAGUUCUCAGACGUCUGAGGAAAGUGCUAUCGAAACUGGAUCCAGCAGUUCUACGUUUGUGAAGCGAGAAGACGAAACCAUCGAUGAUAUUGACAUUAUCGAUGACAUUGGCAUGGAUCCCUCAGAACUCGUUGAGGACAGCUUCCUGUAACUCUGGAAAGUAGAGUGGACUAUUUUUUUUUUGAGCUGUGUAAAACAAAAGAGAGAGGAAGAUCAAGAUAUAACCCGUGAACUUCCAAUUCGGUCAGGAAAACCACUCCAAAACAGAAGACCUGCCAAUGCUCGUGUCUCCACAAGUGGUCACAGAAUCUCCCUUGGUUACUGAAAGACUUUGAAAAGCCAGUUUUUAAGCAUCUCUCUUCCUUGAAAUAUUCCAUAGUAGCAGUUCAGUCUUGUUUGCUGUUUCAGUAGAUGGAUGAAUAAAGGAAAAAGGCCACGGAAACAGUCAGUUUGUGUUUCAAGGGCAUUCAUAACUCAGACGGAUAAAAUUUCUACUACGGUGAAUCGAUGUCAGUGUGAUUGUAUAAAUACCUGUUCCUACCAGGAUAUUUUUUUUUAAUUUUUUUUUUUUAAAAGAAGACCACUUAAGACUUUGGCAUUUUUUUUUACUUCCUUAAGUUUAUAUAAGCUGCUGGUGGAUUAUCACCUGAGAUGAAUGACAUAUCGAAAAGAAACCACUUUGGAAAAGCAUGAAAUGGAUUAACACUAAGUAACGUUUUAUUUUUUACAGAUAAUGCAAACAAAAAGGGAACGGCAGGUAUUUCCAAAAUAUAUUCAAUAGCUUAUUAAAUCGAACGAGAUUUUUCCACCCCCAUAACCAUAGAAGAAUAGUUCUUUUAUCUACUGUUCUCAGUAUUACUGAGUAUAGUUUAUAACUACUUCUUGUCCUUUGUUAAAACGCAGUACUUAAGUCACUACUAACAAACUAAAUCAUUUUAGGGUUUAAAUAUUUACACAAAAGGCUCUUCUAUUUGACUGUUUUGGUAAAUGAAACUUUAGUUUAGGAAGUAGGAUUAGAAAGUGUUUUCUAAGGGGUCUAGAUAUUAAUUUGCCUUCCUUGGCAGAAGAGCUUUCUUAAUACAGUGGCUAACAUGCUGGUAAGUCUUCACUAGCACAAACUGAUUUUGCAGAAUAUAGAAAUCCGAAAGGUAUUUUUUUAAUAAAUGUAAUACAUUUACAAUCAAAUUAUUGUACAGUAGAAAUAGGUGACCAAUUAAUAAGGCUGCUUGGAGCAUUGAAGAAUGAUGGUACACAUUUAAAAGGGUUUUUUUUUUUGUGGGGUGGGGACCAGGGGGGUGGUAUACCUGUGACUUGGAUGAUUGGAUACACCAACUGAUCUUUCUGAAAAAGUUUUUUUUUUUCUGAGCCUGAAAUUUCCAGUUGCGUAGCUACUUUGGUGCAAAAAAUGUUUUUCUUCUAAAGAAAUUUUCCUACGAAAAUUAGCAAGUUUUUAUCCCCCUGCAAUUUCUCCGAUGGGCAUUGAAUCAAAAGUCAAAGCUUUUCCGUGCAUGCAGUAUACUUAAAGCACAGAUCUGCCUAACUUCUGUAGAUUAAGUGGAAGUAUGCCGCUGCAUUUGUAAAAUGUCAGUCAGGUAGCAUUAAUUCUUCUUUUUAUAUAUUCUGAGAUAGGUUUUAAUAUUACUCUUUUCUUAAUCUGCCUUUUUAAUACGUGUGAUAGAGUGUCAAAUUAUUGUGUGAUUUAUAGUGGAAUCCUAUUCACGUCUACUUAAAACGUAAGCCCCAAUCAGUGUUUUGGCUUACUUCCAGAUCGGUGCAUAUAAGGAUUGUAGCUUUUAGGCUGUGAUUUUGUCAGAAGGUCUGUGGAAAUAAUAAACUGGAACCGGUCCUUAUAAAUAAAGACUGGGAGCGUAUGGUGCACUAGAGACAAACUCACAUCAUUACAGAAAAUCCAGUCUGGAGUUUUGCAAAGAGAAAAAUAAGAAGGUGAACUUGCUUAGAAGAAUCUGCUCUUGGUUCUGAAAGCCAAGUUGCAUGCAAGUCUAUAUGUGCAAUUUUCUGGAUUGGUUCAAUGGUGGAAGCAAAAAACAAACAAACAAACAAAAACAACAACCCCCAACCCCCCAAACAAAACUUGGCAUGUUGCGAGAGGCAUUUGGCACACAAUUAUACUCACCGCAAAGCUCCAACUCAAUAAAUGGAGCAGAGACUGGGCAUUAAGAACAUGUUGCCCGUGUGGUAAAGGCUUGAAGGAUCUCCUAUGGAAUCUGUGUUCCCCAAAUACUCUUAAUGAUCCUGCAAAGGUCUCAGAGAGACGAUUGCUUGGAGCAACAUGUCAAUCGCUUCUCUGGCUAGAAUUUAUGACAGUAAAGAGCAGCAUAUAAAGAAGGCCUUGAGUUGGCAAGGUUGUUUUAGAGACAGUGUUUCUAAACGCUAAGUUUAGCUUAGCUUAGUUUACGCUAAGCUCUGUGCUUGGUCCUUGGGCUGAGAAGCGUCCCUUCAGACCUUAUCUACGAGGUGAAGGAGUGCUUUGGGUCAUCUCAAUGACGAUUCAGCAACGCAACCGCCCUCGCUUGAUUCUGAAGGUCAUCUGAAAUGCCAGAUGAUGUUUUAGUUUAGUGGAAUAAAUGGUCUCGCCAAACAGAAAGCACGAUUCAGCCAACGUUAAGUUCUUGUAAGAUGCCCAUGAUAUUCUCAGUCAUCCAGGUCAAAAUUGUCCCAAGGGUGCUUUUUGAGGAGGUAACUGGACUUUCUUGUUUUUCUUUGAAGACGUUUCGCUUCUCAUCCAAGAAGAUUCUUCAGCUCUGAAGAAGCAGUCCAAGUUGUCUCUUGGAAAAAAAAGGAACAUUCUUGAAAGAUGUUGAAUUUCAACAAAUGAUAGUGAGCUGCAUUCUCCAAUAGCAAUCCAAGAGAUUCCAGUGAGCUUUUUUGUGGCUGAUGUAACAAUAAAUAUUUCAUUGUAUAUUGUUCUGGAUAUGCCCAACAUCACUGCACCAAAUAAGUAAACCCAAAUUUUCUAGUGAUCUACCACUAUUUCUCUCUGGGCCAGUCUAAUUGAUUACAAGUGGGCUGAGAUCAGAUGCAGACUCCCAAUAUCUCAUUUAGCAUGUUACCUUCAUCAAGUGUUCUCAUCCCACUGGGCAGAAAAGUAGGAUAGAAAAUUUAUAAAUAGCAAAAAAUAUAUUAUUUGGGGCUGUUUAUCUUCCAUCAGCCUUCGUGUUUCACCCAGCGUUAAAUGGAGGACAAUAUUCUUGCCUUGUUGACGGUAAUAGUCUCGCCUUUCUUUUGGAUCUCACAAAACGUGCCCUACUCCACAAGAUGCACAUAGUUUGCUAUUUUGCGGACAAAUCACCUUGCCUCCCACAUCCUAUGAAGUAGCAUCUCGCCUACAUGGGCUCAGAAGGUGCACAGGAUCAGAUCUGGUUAAUAUGCAGAAUCGGGGACUGCCAUAAAAUACUGGGAAUGUAGGAUAGACUGACAAGUACAAAAAAAAUUAAAUAUAUCCCUGGUUGAAGCCAACAGUGAACUAAUUGUGUGCCAUAAAGCUACAUAAAUGUGUCUUAGUUCCUUGUUGCCUUACAGUGAAAAUUGUAAUGCAUACUAUACUGUUGCAUUACAAUGUUUUUUGCUCUCCCUUGCUUGCUAUGCUUCACGCCUUUGGGACCAAUACUUGUUAUGGGACCAAGAUUUAGAUAUGGACCAAAAUCUUUCUUCUCGUCGUAAUCUUCUGAAAAUUAUAGCUCCAGAUACAGCAACGGACUGCACAUUCAAAAGAAAAACUUAAGUCAACCUCAACCCAAGAGCUACUUUAUGCAGUUAGAUUGCAAUCCUAUGUGAUGGCAAGCUCCACGGAAUUAAAUGGAGCUAUUUUUAUUUUUUUUAGCUGAUGUAUUUAGGAUUGCACUGGAUUUUAAUAAUAAUAGUGGCAGAUGAAAAUCACCUAGUUUCUACAUUAUGGUUACUAGUUUCUACAUUAUGGCUCAGAUUCAAGAAGCAUUCACAAAACAAUAAUAAUAAAUGCCCAGUUUCUGUCUGUUCCAUAUACACAUGACAAUCAAAUCUGCCUGUGAAACACAACGUUUUUGGUUAGAAUGGCGGACCUAUUCGUUAAAAUGUUGUCUGCAAUUAUACAAAACAGUCCUAUGAUAUAAUGAAGGACAUAAGAUAAGGUGAUGUUAUACAUCAAUAUGUAUAUAUGUAUUUUUAUAUCAAUUUUGAGGAGUACAAAACAUUUAUGACAAGCUGUAUCACUGCCUUUGUUAAUGAUUUUUUUUUUUUUACUGUGAUAUAUUCCACAGGCAUGCUAACUGUUGCACUUUUAAAUGUCCAAAAUUUAUAUUUUAGAUAAGGAAUGAUAAGGAAAAGAGUGUGCUGAGUGGUAGUUUUGGGAAAUGUUUGGGAAGAAGAAGCUGGAAGAGUGACUAAAGGUACAAAAUGUAAUUCAAAUGCCCCUUUUCUUAUUUUUGGUGUCUUUAAGAACAUGUAAAUUAAGAUCUUUAUAUUUCAAUAAAUGAUAUAUAUAUAUAUAUAUAAUUUAAAAAUA